CAGGGCGGGACCUGAGCGCGACGGCGCGACCGGCGGACCUAGGCUGGCUUGUGGGGAAACGAAAGUGAGGGAGGCGGCAGAGGCUCUGGCAGCGGCAGGGCCAGGCCCGGCGGCGGCAGCGGUGGUGGCGACAGCGUGGGCCUGACCCCCGUCUCCGCUCCCUGGCAGCUCGCCCUGUCCCCUGAGCUCACAAUGAAGAGGAGAACUGACCCAGAACGCACUGCCCCCAUCAAGAAACAGAAAAAAAGAGUUGCAGAGCUUGGCCUGAACCUCAGCUCCACGUCCGACGAUGAUCCUCCCUCUGUCAAUCACGCAGUGAAAGCAUCUGCCACAAGCUUAAGUGAGUCUGACAGUGAGAAUGAGGGGAAGCAGCACAGCUCCGACUCUUUCCAUGAUGCAUUCAAAGCGGACUCCCUUGUGGAGGGAACGUCCUCUCGUUACUCCAUGUACAAUAGUGUGUCCCAGAAGCUCAUGGCCAAGAUGGGCUUCAGGGAAGGUGAAGGACUGGGUAAAUACAGCCAGGGUCGGAAGGACAUCGUUGAGGCCUCUAGUCAGAAAGGUCGAAGAGGCUUGGGUCUGACACUUCGGGGCUUUGACCAGGAGCUGAACGUGGACUGGCGAGAUGAGCCAGAGCCCAGUGCCUGUGAGCAAGUGUCAUGGUUCCCAGAAUGUACCACGGAGAUUCCUGACACUCAGGAAAUGGGCGACUGGAUGGUUGUGGGAAAGAGGAAGUUGAUGAUUGAAGAUGAAACAGAAUUUUGUGGGGAAGAGCUGCUUCAUAGUGUGUUGCAGUGUAAGAGUGUGUUUGACGACUUGGACGGGGAGGAGAUGAGGCGAGCUCGCACCCGGGCCAAUCCCUACGAGAUGAUCCGAGGAGUCUUCUUCCUGAACAGGGCUGCGAUGAAGAUGGCUAACAUGGAUUUUGUGUUUGAUUGCAUGUUUACAAAUCCACGGGACUCUAAUGGGAAGCCUCUGGUAAAGGACCGGGACCCUGAUCUCCUAUACUUUGCUGAUGUCUGUGCGGGCCCAGGUGGCUUCUCGGAGUAUGUGCUGUGGAGGAAGAAGUGGCACGCAAAGGGCUUUGGGAUGACUCUGAAGGGCCCUAAUGACUUCAAGCUGGAGGACUUCUACUCGGCCUCCAGUGAACUCUUCGAGCCCUACUACGGUGAGCAUGGGAUCGAUGGAGAUGGAGAUAUCACCCGCCCAGAGAACAUCAGUGCUUUUCGGAAUUUUGUCCUGGAUAAUACAGAUCGGAAAGGUGUCCACUUUCUGAUGGCUGAUGGGGGUUUCUCGGUGGAGGGCCAGGAGAACCUGCAGGAGAUCCUCAGCAAGCAGCUGCUGCUGUGCCAGUUCCUGAUGGCACUGUCCGUGGUCCGCACAGGCGGCCACUUCAUCUGUAAAACCUUUGACCUGUUCACACCAUUUAGCGUGGGGCUCAUCUACCUGCUGUACUGCUGCUUUGAACGAGUGUGCCUCUUCAAACCCGUUACUAGCCGUCCUGCCAACUCAGAGAGGUAUGUGGUGUGUAAGGGCCUGAAGGUGGGCAUAGAUGACGUUCGGGAUUACCUCUUCUCGGUGAAUAUUAAGCUCAACCAGCUGCGAAACACCGAUUCCGAUGUCAACCUUGUGGUCCCCUUGGAGGUGAUCAAAGGAGAUCAUGAAUUUACUGACUACAUGAUACGGUCUAAUGAGAGCCAUUGUAGUCUGCAGAUCAAAGCUCUGGCCAAAAUCCACGCCUUUGUUCAAGACACGACCCUGAGUGAACCUCGGCAGGCAGAGAUCCGCAAAGAGUGCCUGCAGCUCUGGGGGAUCCCAGACCAGGCUCGAGUCGCGCCUUCUUCCUCUGACCCAAAAUCUAAAUUCUUUGAGCUAAUUCAGGGCACCGAGAUUGACAUCUUCAGCUACAAACCCACGCUGCUCACCUCCAAGACCCUGGAGAAGAUCCGCCCCGUGCUGGACUACCGCUGCAUGGUGUCUGGCAGCGAGCAGAAGUUCCUCAUCGGCCUCGGGAAGUCCCAGAUCUACACAUGGGAUGGCCGCCAGUCAGACCGCUGGGUGAAGCUGGACCUGAAGACAGAGCUGCCCCGGGACACCCUGCUCUCUGUGGAAAUUGUGCAUGAGCUGAAAGGGGAGCCUAGGUGGCAGCAGGCCAGCACGCUGUGGUGGGCAGAGCGGACAGUGUACUUGUCCUUCCAGGGGAAGGCCCAGCGGAAGAUCAGUGCCAUCCACAUCCUCGACGUCCUUGUGCUGAACGGCAGUGAUGUUCGGGAGCAGCACUUCAACCAGCGAAUUCAGCUGGCUGAGAAGUUUGUGAAAGCGGUGUCCAAGCCCAGUCGGCCUGACAUGAAUCCCAUCAGGGUGAAGGAGGUGUACAGGCUGGAGGAAAUGGAGAAGAUUUUUGUCAGGUUGGAAAUGAAGAUCAUCAAGGGUUCCAGUGGCACCCCCAGGCUCAGCUACACAGGGCGGGAUGACCGGCACUUUGUACCCACGGGCCUCUACAUCGUCAGGACGGUGAAUGAGCCGUGGACCAUGGGAUUCAGCAAAAGCUUUAAGAGGAAGUUCUUCUACAACAAGAAAACCAAGAAGUCGACCUUUGACCUCCCCGCAGACUCCAUUGCCCCAUUUCACAUCUGCCACUACGGCCGGCUCUUCUGGGAGUGGGGGGAUGGCAUCCGUGUGCACGACUCCCAGAAGCCCCAGGACCCGGACAAGUUGUCUAAGGAGGACGUCCUCUCCUUCAUCCAGAUGCACAGCGCCUGAGGGCCGUGGGCCGCCCCACCCUGCCGCAGCCUAGUGCCCUAUCGCUUCCCAAGACAGAGCAGGGCAGGGUGCUCAGGACCUGGGGCCCACAGCACUGUUUCUUCCCCCUCUUGGAAAGAGACUGGAGCACCUCAGCCUGGCCCCGAGGGUCCGUCAGGGCCUCCAGAAGACUGCACACGUUCCUCGCGGAGCCCUCUCCUGCUGAGGCAGGUGUGAGGUCACUGCCCAAGGUGUGCGGGGCAGGCGGGGCCAUGGCAGAGGGCGCGGCCGCGCUCUGCCAGAUCCUGUGGACUCACUUUUCUGAGUCCCAUGCACGAGGGUGGCCGUGUCCCCGCUUUGCCCACGUGAGUGGGUAGAGGCCAGGAGCAGCUGCUCUACAAAUCAAGGUUUUGUUUUUUAAACUUGCAGUUUUGAUGCCAAGUGGGAGACUUUUUGUCUCCUCCCCUAGCCCGUCCCGGCCUUCCCAGCCUGAACCUCUGACAGUCCCGGCAGGCCGGGAAGGAAGAGUGUAGGUCUUCCCCCUUGGUACUGGGUGUGACUGCCUCCCAGCAUCGUGGCGCCUCCCUGGGCCCACACCCUCGACUCAAGCCUUGGGCAACUCUAAAAGGGCAGGCAUCAGCCUCUCUCUCCCUGCCAGCAGCAGCUGUUGCCCUCUGGCUGUCACACAGCUGUCUUGGCACUUUCCGGGGGGUGGGGGAGCGUAGCUCCUUGCUACCCUUCCUCGUGUUUUCCCCCAAGGAGGCAUGGGCUGCUUUCGUUCAAACAUGUGGUCACUCCAUUUCCUGUAUCUUGGCAGAGGCAGAAGGGGAAGCUGGGCAGUAGCUUUGGGUGGGGGAGGGCACCUGUGGUGGUUGUUAAUGGGAAAUACCUCUCAUGUUCAAGUGGGCUCCCUGGAGCCCCAUCCCAGUGGCAGACUGGUUUCCAUGGAGAUGGGGCACUGAGACUCCAGCAUGGGGUCCUGCAUCCAGCCCCGAGGCUGAGGCGGCACUGCUGAGAUGCUGUGUUCCACCCAGUUCUGGGUCUUCCAGUGAAUCCCACAGAAUCUCGGAUCAUUAAAGAUAAACAUAUUUUUAA